GAAGAUGGGGAGGCCAGGCUUCCGGUGGCGCAAAGAGUGUCGGGAGCAGCUUCUAGCAAAUCUUCCUUGGCCUCUGGAGGAACCACCGUUGCCGCCGCUUCGACUUCAACGGUCUGCGUUCGGGCUCAACGGUCACGGCGACCGGCACGUCGACUCUCACUGUGCCUAGUUCUAUCCUUAUUCGCUCCCAGGCGGCCACCGCCGUGCCAGCAGCGGCCGCGGCCGACAUGUUGUGAGGCGGAGGCGCGGGUGUCUGAAGGAUGGUUUGGCCGAGGCGGCGGCAGCGGCUGCUGGCGGCGGCGGCGGCGGCGGCGGGGGUUCCGGCGCUGUAGAGCCGGCCCGCUGGUUGUCCGCCCUGUACCGCGGAGAGGCCAGUGCCCCUGUGCCUUGCCUGCGCUCCGACGCCUUUGGGGACCAGUUAGGCGACAGCACCCACCCUCUUGAGGAGACAAGCAGGUGGUUUCCCAGCUGCUCAGAUUUCCGGACCACCUUGUUCUCCCUUCCCCAAACUGGGCAGUGUUCUCCCCGGAAUCCUCAGGCCCCUGCCUUUUCUCCCAACUCACCCUGAAUCUCUCACACACUCGGAUAUUCCCCGCUCUCUCGAGCCCUCUCCCUCCCCCUUCCUCAAUUUCUGCACCCUCUUCCCAGAGCACCCUCCACCCCCAUCACUCUCCUAGGGCAGCCUUGUGAGAAAUCUCUGUGGGCUAGUGGACCAGUGCCUGGGAGCUUUUAAAAUUGGGCCACGAGAGGCAGGAAGGUACUAUGGCUUCCUCGUCCGGCAACGAUGAUGAUCUCACUAUCCCCAGAGCUGCUAUCAAUAAAAUGAUUAAAGAGACUCUCCCCAAUGUCCGAGUGGCCAACGAUGCUCGAGAGCUGGUGGUGAACUGCUGCACUGAAUUCAUUCACCUUAUAUCUUCUGAAGCCAAUGAGAUUUGCAACAAGUCGGAAAAGAAGACCAUUUCACCAGAGCAUGUCAUACAAGCACUAGAAAGUUUGGGCUUUGGUUCUUACAUCACUGAAGUAAAAGAAGUCUUACAAGAAUGCAAGACAGUAGCGUUAAAAAGAAGAAAGGCCAGUUCUCGUUUGGAAAACCUUGGCAUUCCUGAAGAAGAAUUGCUGAGACAGCAGCAAGAAUUAUUUGCAAAAGCUAGACAACAACAAGCAGAAUUGGCCCAACAGGAAUGGCUUCAAGUGCAGCAAGCUGCCCAACAAGCCCAGCUUGCUGCUGCCUCAGCCAGUGCAUCUAAUCAGGCAGGAUCUUCUCAGGAUGAAGAUGAAGAUGAUGAUAUCUGAAAUUACCAGCUGGGUUUCUAUUUCCUCUAUAGAUGUUUUUCUCUGUACAACAAACAGUGAAAGAAAUGCUUAUCUGCAAUUUUGUAUGUAUCUUGGUGGACUUGCCAUUGGUAUUCUAGGAAUGUCUGCUGUUAAAUUUCAUCUAUUGUGUGCUAUACAUGUAAAAUCUGUCUCUUUGAACUGUUGAAAACCUAAGUUCAGUAUAAUAUCAGUUUUGAAUUUGUAAUGGUGUUUAUGAAAUUUUAGAUAGCAGUGAGUCCUUUAUUUGAUCAAUAAACAGUGUUACAGAAAACUUCAAGUUUAUAAAAAUACAGUGAAAUUUAUACAGAAGCUCUAAAUCUGUAUUUGCAUUUCCUCUUUAGUUUUUUUUUUUUAACUAAACUAAAAAUUGGGAAUUUAAAUUAUUUGGGGAGGGUGCUAGGUGACUCAGUAGACUUUGGAUUAAGUUGGUGAAAAGAGUUUAAUCCUAGAAUAUUUGACCCUUGUCUAUAUACAGGCAAUAAAUAUAUAGGCUCAGAUAAAUGCACUUGUUUAGAAAAUUUCAGAACAAGACAUUAAAAACUAGGAAGGAGUAUGUUCAGUACUAGUUAUAUAAAUUUGGUGGGCUUUUUUUUUUUUGUAUAAAGGUAAAAACUAAAGUUUUAUGGCAUAAUUCAUCUUGAGCUACACUAUGGGCAUUUCAGAGACUGCCCAGUUUUGAGGACUGUCAGGAUUCUUACGGUUUCACUCCAGUUGAGUAAUUGUUAAUAGUAUUACUUGCUUAGUCCAUCCAUGCUUAUGUAGGUGGGACUUGUAAAACAAUUGCUUGGGUUCUGUUGGUUUAACUGAAGUUCAUGAAUUAAACUGAAGUUCAUGAAGUUACAUCUUUGCUGGGGAAAAGAAAUGAAAGUUAAUGAGCAUGCUUGCUAUGAGAGAGGGAUUUUUUUUUUUCAAUUUAACUUGUGGUAAUUGUUUGUUUAUCACAUUGCUUUUACAUUUUCUUGACUAGAUGGCCUUUUGAAAUGGCAGCAUUGUCUCUCCUUUGUCAUAAUUGAGUGAUAGCUUUAAAAAAGAUUGGUUUUGUUUAAGAAAGUGUCAUAACUGAUCAGCCCUGUAUGAAACAUAAAUAUUUUGAACCUGCUUUUUAAAAGAGAGAAGCUUUAAUUUGGUUCCAGUAAAUAAAAGUAUAGUAGUGAUUAUAGGACUCCAGCGUGUUGAAGAAAUGGCAUAGUAUUUAUAUUUUGGAAACAAAGGAAAAGGCAUUUAAAAUAGUAUGAAGUUAUGAAGUAAAUACAUUCUAUGUCAAUUGCCAAAUAAUUUAAAUUUCUAUAUUCACCAGGCCCCAAAAUAUAUUGUGGUUGCCAGGAUUCCAAUUUUAAUUGGAGAGCUAAAUAAGUAAAGUUUUCUAAGUAUUAUAUUUCUUAUAGUCAUAUUUUGCAGUUUUAGAAAAAGUGAAAUAUAGGUUUAUUAUUUCCAUGUAACAGAAAGGUUAAUUUUGCUGAAUGUUCUAAGUUGAAGUUACUUCAUGGAUGUCAUAUCCCUGAAGUGCAUUUAGACAAGAUAGAAAGAAUUGUUUCUUAAGAACUUUAAGUACCAAAGGUAGUCUAGUCUAGAAAAAUAAUAAGUUAAUAAGUGUUGGCUUUUCUAAUUUGUACUGUAACAUCCUUAUACUUUCAAUUUUAAGUAUAUCUGUUUCUUAAGUAAACAACUUAGAUAUUUUUCCAUACCUUUUUUUUCGAUGCAGUGUUCAGGUUAAUUAAUAUUUUACUGCAUCUGAUAAUGUAUUAUAUGUUUGAAGCCUAGUGACUUUUCAUUUUGACAUUCUUGUGAUUUCAUAUGCUGUAUUCUUCAAGCAAUAAAAUUCUGAUGUGUUUUAUA